UCUGGGAAAAUUUGCAAGGGGACGGGUCACAACGCCAACAUCCCCCAGCACUUGUGUUUUUUCAUCAUCAGAUCGCAGGAGCUCGAUGAUCAAGGCGUAGCGGCUGCAGCACUCCCACAAUAACAGUGCUGACGUCACGCAGCCAUUAGUUCCCGCUGGAGCCACAGCAGCAGCAGCAGCAGCAGCGGCGAAGGGGAUUGAAGGGAAUAGCGGCGGUGGCGGAGGCAGCAGCAGCCAUCUUAGAUCUGCUGAGCAGAGAGAGAACGCAUUCUUUGGAUUUUUGCGCUUCAUCAGAAUCCUUUUUUAUUUAUUAAUAUUAUUAACAAUCAGGUUUUUUUUUGUAAAGCAUGAAUGUGCGAAGGUGUAAGCCUCCUGCGUAUGUAGCCUGGCUGGUUCUUGGGUUAUUAUAUGGAGUUGAUGCGGAUAAAGUUAAUAAGCACAAACCAUGGAUUGAAACGACAUAUCAUGGUAUAGUAACAGAGAAUGAUGACAAGGUGCUUUUGGAUCCUCCAUUAAUAGCCCUGGAUAAGGAUGCACCGCUGCGCUACGCAGAGAGUUUUGAGGUGACUGUCACCAAGGAAGGUGAAAUUUGUGGAUUUAGGAUCCAUGGUCAGAAUGUCCCCUUUGAAGCUGUGGUACUUGACAAAACCACUGGCGAGGGGGUCUUACGGACCAAAGAAAAACUGGAUUGUGAACUCCAGAAGGAACACACGUUUACUAUCCAGGCUUAUGACUGUGGAGAGGGACCAGAUGGGGCCAAUAUGAAAAAAUCCCACAAAGCGAAUGUGCACAUCCAGGUGAAUGAUGUGAACGAGUAUUCUCCCGUGUUCAAAGAGAAGUCCUACAAAGCCACUGUCAUUGAAGGAAAGAAGUAUGACAACAUCCUGAAGGUGGAAGCUGUUGAUGCUGACUGCUCAUUCCAAUUCAGCCAGAUCUGCAACUAUGAAAUCGUAACUCCAGAUGUGCCUUUCACCAUUGACAAAGAUGGAUACAUUAGGAACACAGAGAAGCUGAACCACAGCAAGGAGCGCUCGUACAAACUGACCGUCACUGCAUAUGACUGUGGCAAGAAAAGAGCUACUGAUGAUGUUCUUGUCAAAAUAAACAUUAAACCGACAUGUAAACCGGGCUGGCAAGAUUGGAGUAAACGGAUGGAAUAUGAACCUGGCACAGGAAGUUUGUCUCUGUUUCCCAGCAUGCACUUGGAAACCUGCGAAGAGCCAAUUACCUCUAUUCAAGCAAACAUUGAACUUGAGACUAACCAUAUUGGGAAAGGAUGCGACCGAGAUACAUACUCUGAGAAGUCACUCCAUCGGCUAUGUGGUGCUUCCUCCGGCACAGUGGAACUUCUUCCAGCCCCCAGCAGCACUGCUAACUGGACUGUCGGGCUCCCCACUGACAAUGGCCACGAUAGCGACCAGGUGUUUGAGUUCAAUGGCACUCAGGCGAUCAGGAUCCCAGAGGGGAUUGUGACCUCCAGCCUGAAGAAACCGUUCACCAUCUCGGUGUGGAUGAGACACGGGCCUGGUGCCAGAGAGAAGGAGACCAUUCUGUGCAGCUCUGACAUGACAGAUAUGAACCGUCAUCACUAUUCCCUCUACGUACACAGCUGCAGGCUGGUGUUCCUGUUCCGCCAGGAUCCAGCGGAAAACGAGAACUACAAACCUGCUGAGUUCCACUGGAAACUGGAUCAGGUGUGUGAUAAGGAGUGGCAUCACUACGUGUUGAAUAUCGAAUUCCCAUCUGUGGCACUCUAUGUUGAUGGCAACUCCUAUGAUCCCUUCCUUGUGACUGAAGAUUACCCUCUUCAUCCUUCCAAGAUUGAAACUCAGCUGGUGGUUGGAGCGUGCUGGCAAGAACAGGAGAAUGAGACUGUAACUGAGACCUUUGCAGGUGGUAUUCUUCGUAUGUCCCAGUUUUUCAGAGGUAACUUGGCUGGCUUGAUGAUUCGUUCUGGCAAACUGGAGAACAAGAAAGUAAUUGAUUGUCUGUACACCUGCAAGGAGGGGCUGGACAUACAGCUUCCUGAAGAAGUGGGCACUGGCAUAAAGGUUCAGUUUAACCCCAGCCAGUCCCUAUUGACUAUGGAGGGAGAUGACGUUGAGAGCUUCGACAAGGCAAUGCAGCACAUCUCCUAUUUGAAUUCACGUCAGUUCCCAACCCCUGGAAUCAGGAGGCUUAAAGUCACAACCACUGUCAAGUGUUUCAACGAGGAGACCUGCAUCGCUGUACCUGACGCAGAGGGCUACGUCAUGGUGCUACAACCCGAGGAACCCAAGAUCAGCCUGAGUGGCAUUGAUCACUUUGCACGGGCUGCCUCUGAAUUCGAGAGCAAUGAAGGGGUGAUCCUCUUCCCAGAGCUGCGCAUUGUCAGCACCAUCACUCGAGAAGUGGAGCCAGAGGGAGAAGGAGAGGACGACCCCACAGUUCAAGAGUCCGUGGUAUCGGAGGAGAUCAUGCACAAUCUGGAUACGUGUGAGGUUGCCGUCCUGGGAGAUGAGCUGAACGCAGAGCAGGAGAGCUUGGAAGUUGAUCUUGUUCUGAUUCAGCAAAAGGGAAUGGAAAUGAGCAGCUCCAACCUCGGCAUGAUCAUUACAGGUGUGGACACCAUGGAUAACUACGAGCAAGUUCUGCACCUGAUCCGCUACAGAAACUGGCACACACAGUCCCUCUUUGACAGAAAAUUUAAGCUGGUUUGCUCGGAGCUUAAUGGUCGCUAUAUCAGCAAUGAGUUUAAGGUUGAGGUCAAUGUUAUUCACACCGCCAACCCAGUUGAUCACCCCAACAAUGUAAUGGCACAGCCGGAGUUUGUUAAUCCAAUGCACCAUGGUUCUGUGGAUCUGUCUGGACAUAACCUGGUUAAUGCACACCAGUCAUCAGUUGUCCCUAGCGCUGCCACCAUUGUAAUUGUGGUCUGCGUCAGCUUCCUUGCCUUCAUGAUUAUCCUGGGAGUCUUCCGAAUCCGCGCUGCGCACCAAAAGACCGUGAGGGACCAUGAGAGCGGAAAAGAGAACGAGAUGGACUGGGACGACUCAGCCUUGACCAUCACAGUCAAUCCCAUGGAGACCUAUGAGGACCAGCACAGCAGUGAGGAGGAGGAGGAGGAGGAGGAAGAGGAGGAGGAGGAGGAGAGCGAGGACGGAGAGGAGGAAGACGACAUCACUAGCGCAGAGUCUGAGAGCAGCGAGGAGGAAGAGGGGGAGCAAGAGGACCAACAGAACGUCAACCGACAGCAGCAGCUGGAGUGGGAUGACUCCACCCUCACCUACUGAGUCCACAGGAGAUCCAUGCUUUCCAGGACCACUGUCUAUCCACUCCAUUGUUCCCAAGGACCCAUAGUGUAAAGAAAAAAAAAAACGAAUUCUGUGGUGGCUGGCAUUGCUGCUUAAGCUUCUAGUGGCCAAGGCUUAUUUUGACGUGGCAGAUAUUCCUAGAACCUUUAGUAGUUAGUUUAGUUGCCAUAUUAGGAGCAUCAGAAUUUUUUUUUUUUAAUGUACCUGUACAAAAUGUUUGCCCUGGCCACCAGAUUAUUAUAUUUUUUUUUAUGCUAUGUAGGGAACCACCUUGCACUUUUCUUCAUGUCAUCUCAGCUGAAUGGUAGGCAUGGCACACGAAUUUCAGAACAUCCUGUUUGCUCACCGAGCAGCUUUGGUCUUUACUGUUUUCUUCUGUGAGAUGGAAGGGUUUUUGUUUUAAUUUAAAAGAAAGCGAAUAAGCUUAGUUUCAGUCUGUUCAUUACAGAAUUUCUCCUUUUUAGCGCAUGAGAGAAGUGGCAAAAGGUUAUGUAGAGGAGGGAAAAAAAAACAAAAAACUUGUAAAUAUAAUUAAAUUGUGUAAUUAGUCAUUGUGGUAGAUAAGACUGGGAUUAAAUAUGGGGGUCCAAUAUGUAAACUGAAGAUCUUGUCACAGAUGCAGUAUGUACUGUAGCAUUAUGUCACCAUGACUAUAGCAUGCUCCAAAACUGUCAAAGCUCUUCUUUCAUGCUUGUAUAAUGCUUGCAUCAGGGGAAAGAAACCCAUGAAAAGUGCAGAGGUUUCUAUGAAAAUGUGUAGUUUUUGGUUUUGGGGGUGGGAAAUAUGUGGCUACACUUUAUUCAGCACCUGAUUGCUUUUUCUCCCCUAUUUUUUAAUUUUUUUUUUUAAUUAAGCAGACAUGUUAUUCUGGGGCAUGCGUAAAUAUAAAAUGUUUUAUUUUUUAACAUGUUAUUAAAGCCCAUGUUAAUUUCAGUAGAGGCUGCAUUUUUAAAAAAUGUUGCAUACUAAUUGUUUUUGAUCCCAGUCUGUCUGUGAAGCAAGCGCUGUCUUGUUCCUGUAACUUUAUAAACUGGCUACGUUGUUUUUACGUGAAUCUCUACAGCUCGAUUCUUGUGCUUAUUCAACCUGCUCUGACUGAUUGAACCUGGUCACUACAUCUUGGAGUAUCAGCCUGGCAGUUGCCUCUUUUCCUUUACAUAGAAGAUGGACAGGCUUGGAUGCUGCCAGAUAUUUAAUAUGGGGAAAGGGUUUUUGAGAUGCUUUUGAAAACAAAGGACCAGUUGUGGAUCGAGCUGCAUUUCCAAUAGUUUAUUGUACAUCGAACUGUACUGCAGUUGUUUUAAGCUAUUUGUUUACAUUUAGUAAACUUGUUUUUCGUCCUGGUAAUAUUAAAGUAUACAAAUGAAAUUGGAACAUUUUGUGGAUCAAGUUAGGGAUAUUUGAACUUUUUUUUUUUUUUUAAACUUUCUGCCUCCCCAUUUCUAAAUAUUUUUACUGGAACUGGAUUAAUUGUUUGCUAAAAUGACUAAACCUCUUUAGUGCUCAAAGCUAGGUAUAUGUUUCUAAGAGCAGGAAUGCAGUGGAGAUGAGGUUGAGGAAAUGCAUUGUAAAUGUAAUAAAUUACUGGGUAAAUAAGUAAUGUAAAUGUAUGUUUAUGAAUGACAAAUUUAACACGAUGGGGGCAAAGACGAUGGGGAAAACUAGAUUGUGUUUCUCUGCUAGUACAGUUUUAGAAUUGUGAACCACUUUGCUUUUCUUAGUAACUUACACAAGGAAAGAUGAUAAUAAAAGGUAGGAGGCCUUUUGAAAACCAUUGUCAUUAAAAAUAACAAAAUCAGAAGUACGAUUUCCCAGUGAAAACUGAUGACCUCGUGUACAGUAGCAGAGGGCAUGGGAAUGUUUGAAGUGUAUAAUGUUAAACAGAGUAAGAAGGUUUGCGUUACUUUAGUAGCUCAGACUGACCUGCUUAUUUGCCUGUGUCUCCUCUUCUUAAACUAGGACCUGACCGGAGAGAAAUGGCCGUUUCAAUUGGGAUUGCUUCUGUUGGUGUUGGGAGUGCCUUUUGCCUUUCACGACUCAUUAACUGUACCAAAACUCACGCAAGCAGUUUUGUGGUUUGUUUUAGUUUUUGUAGUUUUUGAAAUGCUAGAUUUUAAUCUGGGAAAUGUUUUUUUUAAUUUAAUUUUUAAUGUUUAUGUUGUAAUGAGAAACUGCUAGUUUUUAUCAGAAGUGGAACUUUUAAUGGUCUGUCUUGUGUUCAUGUUGAGGUGUACAAGAAUGAAGUCUUUUCCAUUUACAUUUUAGAUAUUGUAUUUAGACUAAAAUGAUCAUGUUUUGAAAAGCUAAUGCUGAAAGGAUGUAAACUUGUUAAUGCUGUAUGUAGCCAAUGUGGGUAUAAACUUACAGAUCUGUAUAUGGUGAUAGGUCACUUUUGAACAGUCUCUUAAGCUCCAAUAAAUUUCCAGUUCUUAAUCCUAUGUUAUGUAGGUGUCUUGCCUACUUCAGUAUCCGGGGCAAUAUGAAACAUACGUGUUCUAGUACCUGACCAGAAUAAAUGUUUGUAUGACCAA